AUGAGUGAGAGAUUAUUAGUAAGAGCCUUAAAAGGGGGUAAAAACACUAAAAUUGUUACCCUCAAUGGAAAGAAAAUUGUGAAGAUGCCAUCAACCCUGGGAAAGCUGUCUGGCCUUAACACUCUUGCUCUGCAGGAUAAUCUGAUCACCAAAGUGUGCCCAGAGCUAAGCGCUUUAACCCAGCUGACUACACUAAAUAUGGGAAACAAUCUUUUAGAAGAAGUUCCAGAAGAAUUUAAAUACCUAACAUCUCUGAAGAAACUCCAUUUAUUUGGAAAUAAGAUUCAUAGAUUUUCACCUGAAGCAUGUGAUGGCUUAAUAAAUUUGGUCCUGCUAAAUCUGAACAAAAAUCUACUUACAUGUCUUCCUCCAGAAAUAAACAGAUUACACAGUCUUACACAUCUGAGUAUAAAUUACAACCAGCUAGCCAGCGUUCCUGAAGAACUUUGUUUCCUUGAGAAUCUUCGUGAACUUCAGCUUAACCACAAUCAGCUCACUCACAUACCUGAAGAGAUAAAGUUUUUGAAGAAGCUCGAGAAGCUGCUUCUAAUCAGGAACAGCAUUACAAGUUUACCAGAGGGAAUUUGUCAUCUUACAAAUCUAAAAAUCCUGGACAUAGCUGGGAAUAUCAUUCAGAUUUUUCCACCAUUAUUUCAGAAUUUGAAGCUGAAGGAAUUCUACUGUGACGAGAACCCACUAUUACUGAAGCAGCCAGUGUAUGCUUUGGAGCUGAAUGAGGUCUUGACAUUACAGGAAAUAACAUCAAGAUUUAUAACGAAUCAGCUGGCAGAAGAUAAUCCCUUACUUAAGCAAGCCAUAAAACACUACCCACAGGCCAGGGAGAAAAUAUCCCAGGAAAAAGUAUGUCCGAUAUGUGGAAAAUCGUUUCUAAACGUAUGGCUAGAAUGUGUUCAGUUUGUUCCUCCACUGAAGAACUGUAAAAUGAGCAGAGACGUUCAGUGGAUACCUCUUCGAAAGUCAGUUUGCUCAUAUAAAUGCUUUCACCAGCGUGGCCCUGACGUCUUUGGGAUUGCUCAGGUGCAGAGCAGGUAG